AUGUGGUGGUCCAAAUCCCCCUCUACCAAAACCUCAGCCGCCGACGACUCCCUCUCCCCAAACACCCACCCCUACGAGCAAACAAGCUCCUCUUCAUCUGAAAACACGCCUCCCUGGCGAUGGCCAGCAAAUCCACCCGCGUCUCCUCCCCACAACGGCUCGCCGACGCCCGAUGACGAGGAAAACGGCGGGUAUAACCUCUCGGCGGCGAACAAGACGGGAAGGGGAACGACUAGGACGGCGAAGCGGGAGAUGAUUUGCGGCAUUAGGAGGAAGGUGUUUUUCAUGAUUAUCUUUGGCGGUAUGCUGGUUGCUGUUGCGGCUGUGGCAAUUGGUGUGGGUGCUGGGAUUGCGUUUGGUCGGAGGAAGAAAUCCCACCCCGAACCAACAAUCCGCUCAACCAACUCAACCAACAUCACCUGCCCCUCCGACAACGACUCCAUCUUCCAACCCAUGGACCACACCUCCCUCUACUUCCGCCUCAGCUGCGGCCUCGACUACCCCACGUCCCUCGGCGCCGCUGACAUCUCCACGCUUGCCGUGCCCUCGAUGAACGCCUGCAUCGAGCUCUGCGCCGCCACCAACGACUGUCUCGGCGUUAGCUGGGAGGAGGAGAGCGGUCGGUGCGUGACGAAGGGGAAGGUGGGGAGUAGUGCUGAGGGUGGGGGAACGCUUUCGGCGUUGAAGAUUGAGAAGCCGGCAGCGUUAUAG